AUGCCAUUCCAGAUUCCAGAAACCAAGGCAGAACAGAACGUCUAUGCUUUUAGACCUCAUUUGUUAGCACUGCCACAAUCACAGAAAGCCAGUUCACAUUACUUGGAAGGGAAGGAAAGGAAGGAAAGGAGAUGGAAAGGGUUAGGGGGUGGAAACCGAAACAGAAACGCCCAACACCUCAAGAAAAUGACCAAAAAGCCUUCCAUCUCCGGACAAAUUUCCAAUUCGUGA